AUGGCGCUAGCCAGGAGGAUUCUUCUCGAAAGAAACUUGCUGCGAAAUGCACAAUUAGCAAUUGCUGCAAAUCGUCAAGCUCACGCCACCAACACAAUCAUCAAUUUUGUUCCUCAACAAGAAGCAUGGGUUGUCGAAAGAAUGGGAAAAUUUCACACAAUUCUCGACCCGGGGCUCAAUUUUCUGCUUCCAAUCAUCGACAAAAUCAAGUUUGUGCAAAAUCUUCGGGAAAUCGCUAUUGAAAUUCCCGAACAAGGUGCGAUCACAAUCGAUAAUGUGCAACUUCGUUUGGAUGGAGUGUUGUAUCUCCGUGUUUUUGAUCCAUACAAAGCUUCUUAUGGUGUUGAUGACCCGGAAUUUGCUGUAACUCAAUUGGCUCAAACUACAAUGCGAAGUGAAGUUGGAAAAAUCAGUUUGGACACGGUUUUCAAGGAGAGAGAACAGUUGAAUGAAAAUAUUGUUGCGGCUAUUAAUAAAGCAUCGGCGCCUUGGGGAAUUUCUUGUAUGCGGUAUGAAAUUCGUAAGUUUUUUAUCAUAGGGAGGAUUUGCAAAAAAUUUGUUUCAUAUAAAAACCCAAAUCCACGAUCUAGAAAUCCUUAUCUAAAAUUUCUUUUUUAGGUGACAUGCAAAUGCCGACAAAAAUCCAAGAAGCUAUGCAAAUGCAAGUUGAAGCUGAGCGCAAAAAAAGAGCCGCAAUUUUAGAAUCUGAAGGAGUCCGGGAAGCAGCCAUUAAUAAGUGAGUCAAGACCGAAGCUGGAGUUCCAAUCUUUCAAUUUUUUGCAGAGCUGAAGGUCAAAAAAGAUCUGCUAUCCUAGCUUCUGAAGCAUCUCAAGCGGAAAAAGUGAAUUUGGCACGAGGAGAAGCGGAAGCGGUAUUGCUAAAAGCAGAAUCUCGUGCAAAAGCCAUCGAAAUAGUUGCAAAUGCGCUCCAACAAACAGGUGGCGCCAACGCAGCAAAUUUGAGUGUUGCCGAACAAUACGUGGAUGCAUUCGGAAAAUUGGCAAAAGAGACGAAUACUGUAGUUUUGCCGGCGAAUUUAAGUGAUCCUGGAAGUAUGAUUUCACAAGCUAUGGCUGUUUAUAAUUCGUUAUCUUCGGCUAAAAAAUAG